AUGGAAUGGAUCCCAUCCGAUCUAUCGGGGGCGUCCUGCAUGGACCCAUUGGUGGUCUUCCAAUCUUUCGACCACUUGGCCACGUGCUUUAGUAUCUUUGGUCUCCCCGAACACACCGACACCGCCGGACCUACUUUGACAGGGAAAAAAGAAGGCUACCGUUUGAACGUGAAUAGCACCUUUGGAGCUCUCGUCGGAGACUGCCUCAGACAGUACUGUGAAGUACCAGAUCCAGAGCUGGAAGGAUGUGAUUUAGAGGGGUACACUCCCAGCGAGUAUUAUCGCGUAUUCACUCUCCCCAGACCAGAAUUUAAGACCACGACCUGUACGAGUGUCGAUAAUGACGUGAAUCAGGAUAUUGGCGGUGUGGGGGUCUUGCUCUCAUUCGCGAUGCAGUCCGGCAUCCUUCUAUACGUCCACCUCGCUGUUCUCAUACUGAAACUCAUCCCAGCAGUCGCACGAUGUAUCCGUCGGUGUACGACGAGGGCACGAUCAAAGGCCAAGAUUCAGUUCGGCCAGCAUCACUUCUCAGUCCUGAAGUCCAUGCUGGUAGAGUUCCAAGAGGCUCAAUGCUUCUUCAUGCUCUCCUUCCAGUGUGCUGCCCUGAUUGCUCUCGCGGCUGGCCCGCAGGUUUUCGAGGCAACUAGCUUGUUGCAGCUACAGUCAAACAUUUCCAUGGCCAAAGCGGUUGCAUUCAUGGGUAUCCUUCCUAUUACGUACGGCUUAUGGAUAAUCCACAGGAUUGGCUUGCAUUCAUGGUACAUCUCCGUGUGGUCCGCCAUCACAAUUGUGACGUCUAGCGUCACUCUGCAUCUAUGCAAGGUGGAGCCUCGAGCAGACAAUCUACAAGAGAUCGCGACAGCAGAUCGUCUCAACAAAUGCGGUUUUUUCCCACCUCCUCUCGUAUACUGUCGCUCGGAUUCCGAUUUGGGGUCAAACUACAGCAUUGUGAGCAGUCUGACCUUCGGGCUGUCCGACAAUUUCCUGAACUUCACUUGCAUUGCGAUCUACGGACUCCUCCUUUUGAAACGUCUCGCCCCCUAUCCCAAGCGAUGGCUCGGCCAGAAGCCAUGGUUUCAGGCAAUUUACCACUGCGUCCAGCCGUGGCUAGUGUCUAGAGGAGUCAGGAUCAUUUCCGGGACUUUGAAUGUGAUCAUUGAGACCCUUCUCCUACUCGCCAACUUCUUUUAUUCUUUCAUGGUUAUAGCACGAAGUCUUCCGACGACCUCACUUGACUCAUGGAGUUUCGGUCAAAUCAUUGCCGUAACUAUCUGGUCUCCCAUCAUCAGCAAAUAUCUCUACUGGCUCUUGUUCGGCACAGACUCCUACUCCGCCAUCCGAUUCCCAUCCCCCUACAAAAUAAUCCGAGUUAAAACAAUGAACGAAGAAGACAAGCCCGGCGAUGAUGAUCAUCUUUUUAUUCACCUCCCCUCCACAAGCGAUCUGCACAUCAACCCGAACUCGAAAAAGUUCAUAGUCACCGACAUAGAAUUGACCCCGGUUAACGACUCAAAAGACAUCGUCGGUUAG